ACAUGGCAAAUGUCACAAUAAGAUCGAGAGUCAUAAACAAAAUAACAUAACAAAAUAAUUGAAUUCCAAGCAUAUGAUUUGUUAUAGAUUUAAUUAAUACAUAAUGAAUGAUGAAUCGGUUAAUAUUUCUCUAAGAUCAUGGAAGCGUUCAGUGGAUCCUAUUAACAAGGUUGGAUAUUCCGACGGAGUUAUCGAUGGACAAACUGCUACGUAUCAGAAUAGUUUUGAUACAGGUUAUGAACAAGGAUUUAAUUUCGGGUUUCAACUAGGACUUACAAACGCCAGGUUACAAAUACCGGCAAAUGAACAAUUAAGAGAUCCAAGGAAGAUCAAUUGUCAAAUAUGCCUCAACAAUAGUACAAAUGGGAACACCAUGAAUUUAUUUAACAUACAAAGAGAAAAAAACGAACAAUUUCUGUCUGGUAAAAUGUGAGAAUGUAUUAAUAAACUUUGUCUUAUUAAACGGAUUAACACAAUACAAAAAUUAUAAUUAAAACAAAUGUUUAAAGAAAAAUAAUAUAACUUUAU